AUGAGAACCGGGAGUGAGUUUGUGAUUGUUGGUGGUGGCAAUGCGGCUGGCUAUGCGGCAAGGACUUUCGUCGAACACGGAAUGGCCGAUGGACGCCUUGCGAUCGUAUCCAAAGAGGCCCAUGCUCCUUAUGAGCGUCCAGCCCUGACAAAAGGAUAUUUGUUCCCUUUAGAUAAGAAGCCAGCACGAUUACCUGGGUUUCAUACUUGUGUUGGAUCUGGUGGGGAGAGGCAAACACCUGACUGGUAUAAAGAAAAUGGGAUAGAGAUGUUCUAUGAAGAUCCGGUUUCAAAUAUUGAUAUCGAAAAACAGACCCUGACUACAAAUUCUGGCAAACUGCUUAAGUAUGGAUCACUAAUAGUCGCCACAGGAUGUACAGCCUCAAGGUUACCGGAGAAAAUUGGAGGAAACCUACCUGGUGUUCAUUAUAUCCGGGAUGUUGCAGAUGCUGAUGCACUAAUAUCUUCACUGGAGAAAGCAAAAAAGGUGGUUAUUGUUGGUGGUGGUUAUAUUGGUAUGGAGGUUGCUGCAGCUGCUAUUGGUUGGAACCUUGAUACAACUAUCGUAUUUCCAGAAAAUUAUCUUUUGCAAAGGCUGUUUACUCCUUCACUUGCCCGAAGAUAUGAAGAAUUCUACCAACAGAAUGGUGUUAAAUUCUUGAAGGGUGCCUCAAUAAAAAAUUUAGAAGCUGGUGUUGAUGGACGUGUAACAUAUGUUAAGCUUGACGAUGGAUCUACUAUAGAAGCAGACACAGUAAUUAUUGGUAUUGGCGCAAAACCUGCUGUCAGUCCUUUUGAAAGGGUGGGCUUGGAGUCCAGUGUUGGUGGUAUACAGGUUGAUGGUCUGUUCCGGACGCGUGUACCUGGAAUCUUUGCAGUGGGAGAUGUUGCAGCAUUCCCAUUGAAGAUGUAUAACCGUAUAGCACGAGUUGAACAUGUAGAUCAUGCUCGUCGUUCUGCACAGCAUUGCGUUAAAGCUUUACUGAGUGCACAAACUGACAUAUAUGAUUAUCUCCCAUCUUUCUACUCGAGGGUAUUUGAGUAUGAAGGAAGCCCCAGGAAAAUUUGGUGGCAAUUUUUUGGGGACAAUGUUGGAGAGACCAUUGAAAUUGGUAAUUUUGAUCCCAAGAUUGCUACUUUCUGGAUAGAUUCUGGUAAAUUGAAGGGUGUUCUUCUUGAGAGCGGAAGUCCUGAGGAAUUUCAACUCCUUCCGAAACUUGCAAGGAGCCAGCCUAUUGUUGAUAAAGCCAAGCUUCAGAACGCAUCUUCAGUUGAGGAAGCACUAGAGAUUGCCGGGUCAUCGUUAUAG